CGAAAGCCCCAGGGCUACAUAAAGCACUGCCUGGCUGGGCGGCCUGGCCGCUGCCACCAACACUUGAACUCUUGAGAGGCUGCAGGGACUGGCACCGUCUGGACGGGAUGGCCCACGCAAGGAGAGCCCCGGCCUGGCUGCUGCUACUGGUGCUGGCCUUGCUGGGUGGCAGCACGGCAGAACGGGACUGCCGAGUGAGCAGCUUCAAAGUCAAGGAGAACUUCGACAAGAGCAGGUAUAGCGGCACCUGGUAUGCCAUGGCAAAGAAAGAUCCUGAGGGGCUGUUUCUACAGGACAACAUUGUAGCCCAGUUUACAGUAGAUGAGAACGGACAGAUGAGUGCCACUGCAAAGGGCAGAGUCAGACUCUUUAAUAACUGGGAUGUCUGUGCAGACAUGAUUGGCUCUUUCACUGACACAGAGGAUCCUGCCAAGUUCAAGAUGAAGUAUUGGGGUGUUGCUUCUUUUCUGCAGAAAGGAAAUGAUGAUCACUGGGUAGUGGACACAGAUUACGAUACUUAUGCUCUUCACUACUCCUGCCGCCAAGUAAACGAAGAUGGCACCUGUGCUGAUAGCUAUUCCUUUGUGUUCUCCCGGGACCCCAAGGGACUGCCCCCAGAGGCACAGAAAAUUGUCAGGCAAAGGCAGGUAGACCUCUGCUUGGACAGAAAAUACAGAAUUAUUGUUCAUAAUGGAUUCUGCUCUUAGAGAUCCAAAACUAUGGAUGGAAAUCAUAUAACAGCAGCAUGGAUGUAAAGUUAACACAUUGAUUAAGUGUUCUGUUGAAAAGCUUUUAAAUGGCUUCAUUUAGAUCUUGAAUAUAUUUAUCUGAGCUGUGUAGCUCACCUUGUCAAUAAACCAAUGAAAUAAACUUGGAUUACAGGGGAUGCAAAUUGUUUGUAUGCACAUCUGUACAUAUGUAGAUAUUGGUUUUAUUAGUAAAACAUUAUCUUAAUGUACUAUUUUAAAUUGGUGACAGAUGGCAAUAAUUAAGAACAUAAUAUUUCUUA